AUGUUAUUGUAUACCAUAUUACUACUUUUAUAUUUUAUUUCAAUAUCUUUACAACGACGAUUACUACCACAAAGAGAUUAUGAACAUAACAACUAUUUUCUUGUUGAAUUAGAUACAAGUUCCAGUGAAAAACCGUUACUUGAUUUUAUUAAAAAAUAUAAGCUGGAUUAUGUAUUUGAUCACCAAUUACCCAUAGAUAAUUAUUAUGUAUUCAAGAUAAAUAAGACACACCGUCACAACUCCUUCCUUGUCGAUUUAGCCUCAAACAACUUUGCUCACCUGUUUAAUCGCAAGAGUGGGUUCGAUGAUCUUUAUAAUGAUUUUAUAAACAAUCACGCAUUAAAGUCGGUUCAUUUACUUCCUCCAAAACGACUACAAAAACGACGCCCAGUUCAGGUAGACCCAGCUGAACUAGAUGCUAUAAGCAGAGCUAGAAGAAAUCAGCUAAUAGAGCCUGCUAAACAGAAGCUAGAAGAAGUUGCCUCAAAACUAAAUAUUAACGACCCAACCUUUGGCCACCAAUGGCAUUUAAUCAAUACCAUUAGUCUUGGAAACGACAUCAACAUUGCUGACUUAUGGCUCGAGGGUAAAUUUGGAGAAGGAAUAGUUACAGCUGUAGUUGAUGAUGGGCUCGAUAGUACUAGUGAAGAUUUACGAGAUAACUUCAAUUUUGAAGGAUCUUGGGAUUUUAAUGAUAAUUCACCGUUACCUUUACCCCGUCUUUUUGAUGAUUCGCAUGGAACUAAAUGUGCUGGUGAAGUUUCUGCUGUCAAAAAUAAUUUUUGCGGUAUUGGUGUCGCUUUUAAAUCUCAGGUUAGUGGAAUUAGAAUUCUUUCGGGAAGUUUGACUGAUGCUGAUGAAGCUGCCGCCAUGGUUUACGGAUUAGACAUAAACGAUAUUUAUUCCUGUUCUUGGGGUCCUACCGACAAUGGAAAAACUCUAUCUGAACCUCACCCAAUUGUCAAAGAAGCAAUAUUGAAAGGUGUUAUUGAAGGGCGUGAUUCUAAAGGAGCAUUAUAUGUGUUUGCUCUGGGUAAUGGGGCUAAAUUUGAUGAUUCAUGUAAUUUUGAUGGCUAUACAAACUCGAUAUACACAAUUACAGUGGGUGCGAUUGAUUAUAAGGGGCUGCAUCCCGAUUAUUCAGAAGGAUGCUCAGCCCUUAUGGUUGUAUCGUACUCUUCGGGAUCAGGUGUAUACAUUCAUACUACCGAUAUCAACCAGCAGUGUUCUUCCAUGGACCACGGAGGAACUUCUGCCGCAGCACCAUUAGCCAGUGCAAUUUAUGCACUUGUUCUUGAGGCAAAUCCUGAACUUACAUGGCGUGAUGUCCAAUAUAUCACUGUUCUAACUGCUGUUCCUAUCAAUGAAGACGAUGGAAGCUAUCAAACUACAUCUAUAGGAAGAAAGUACUCUCCUAAAUACGGGUAUGGAAAAUUGGACGCUACCAAAAUGGUUCAUUUUGCUGAGGAGUGGAAAAAUGUGAAACCACAAGCAUGGUAUUAUUCUGAUCUAAUAAUAGUUACCGAGACUAUUACAUAUGAUAAGAAAGUAAUUGAAUCCAGUGUUUUUGUAUCCGAAGAAGAUUUAAAGUUGGCAAACCUUGAACGAGUUGAACAUGCAGCAGUUAAAGUUAAUAUAAAGUCCAGUUAUAGAGGAGCUGUAGGAAUGAGAUUAAUUUCCCCAGAGGGUGUUAUUAGUGAUUUGGCAACAUUCAGAAAAUUAGAUGACGCAAGCACCGGAUUUCGUGACUGGACAUUCAUGUCAGUGGCUCAUUGGGGUGAAUCUGGAGUAGGUGAGUGGAAGGUAGAAGUAUUUGGCGAGGCAGAUAUUACCUUUGUUGAUUGGCAAUUACGACUUUUUGGGGAGAGUAUUGACGCUGGUAAAACCACGAAAUUUAGUUUGAGAACUGAUUACGCAGAUGUACAAAGGGAAUUGAAGAACCAGAAUCCCGCGAAUGAUCAGCCAAAAUCAAGCUCCACAACAGAAACGAUUAAAUACAUAUCAUCAUCGUUCAAAGUACUGGAAUAUGAAGUUUUGCCCGUAUCAUCUAUAAAAUCUCCUCUUCCUGAACCUUCGACUGAAUCUUCCCAACAAUCUUCAUCUGAACUUUCAUCCUCAUCCCCCACAACAACAGCAACAAAAUCUUUGUCUUCAUCCUCAUCAGCUUUAUCUCUGUCAUCAAUCUUAUCAACAUUAGCAACAGUAUCAGUAUUAUCUUCAUUGGCAAUAUCUUCAACACCAAUAUUAUCAUCGUCAAUAUCCGAACCACCAACAUUCACAUUAUCAUCAUCAAUAUCGGAACCGUCAUCUUUAUCAGUAUUAACAUCAAUAUCACUAGCAAUUGCUAUCUUCCUAACUAUCUUUUUUAUUGUAAGAUAA